CUCGCCUCGAGGCGCACUAGCGCUCAGCGCCUUCGCUCCGUGCGGCCGCCGGGCCGAGCCGCCCCAGCUCCUGCCAGCUGCGCCCGACCGACAAAUAAGGAGCUCAGAGUCGGGCAAGGGUGGGAUGAUGCUCUUUGAUGCCAAAGCACCUUUGACCUGCCAGGCAGAGGGGCCUUUGCUGGUGGUCUUUCUUGGCUCAUUCCAGAGAGGUCACCUGGCCACAGAGAAGUGACAAAGCAGAAUGCCCCCUGGGGUCGACUGCCCCAUGGAAUUCUGGACCAAGGAGGAGAACCAGAGUGUGGUGGUCGACUUCCUGCUGCCCACAGGGGUCUACCUGAACUUCCCUGUGUCCCGCAAUGCCAACCUCAGCACCAUCAAGCAGGUGCUGUGGCACCGUGCCCAGUAUGAGCCGCUCUUCCACAUGCUCAGCGACCCCGAGGCCUACGUGUUCACCUGCGUCAACCAGACGGCCGAGCAGCAGGAGCUGGAGGACGAGCAGCGGCGGCUCUGCGACGUCCAGCCCUUCCUGCCCGUGCUGCGCCUGGUGGCCCGCGAGGGCGACCGAGUGAAGAAGCUCAUCAACUCGCAGAUCAGCCUCCUCAUCGGGAAAGGCCUCCACGAGUUCGACUCCCUGCGCGACCCCGAGGUGAAUGACUUCCGCGCCAAGAUGCGCCAGUUCUGCGAGGAGGCGGCGGCGCGCCGGCAGCAGCUGGGCUGGGAGGCCUGGCUGCAGUACAGCUUUCCCCUGCAGCUGGAGCCCUCCGCCAGGAGCCUGGGGGCCGGCAACGCCUCGCGACUCCCCAGCCGGGCCCUGCUGGUCAAUGUCAAGUUCGAGGGCAGCGAGGAGAGCUUCACCUUCCAGGUGUCCACCAAGGACAUGCCCCUAGCACUGAUGGCCUGUGCCCUCCGCAAGAAGGCCACCGUGUUCCGGCGGCUCCUGGUGGAGCAGCCCGAGGACUACACGCUGCAGGUGAACGGGCGGCACGAGUACCUCUACGGCAGCUACCCGCUCUGCCAGUUCCAGUACAUCUGCAGCUGCAUGCACAGCGGACUGACCCCCCACCUGACCAUGGUGCACUCCUCCUCCAUCCUUGCCAUGCGCGACGAGCAGAGCAACCCCGCCCCCCAGGUCCAGAAACCACGCACCAAACCUCCCCCCAUUCCCGUGAAGAAGCCCUCCUCUGUGUCCCUGUGGUCACUGGAGCAGCCUUUCUGCAUCGACCUGAUCCAGGGCAGCAAAGUCAAUGCUGAUGAGCGGAUGAAGCUGGUGGUGCAGGCCGGGCUCUUCCACGGCAACGAGAUGCUGUGCAAGACAGUGUCCAGCUCGGAGGUGAGCGUGUGCUCGGAGCCCGUGUGGAGGCAGCGCCUGGAGUUCGACAUCAACGUCUGCGACCUGCCGCGCAUGGCCCGGCUCUGCUUUGCGCUCUACGCGGUGGUGGAGAAGGCCAAGAAGGCGCGCUCCACCAAGAAGAAGUCCAAGAAGGCGGACUGCCCCAUCGCCUGGGCCAACCUCAUGCUGUUCGACUACAAGGACCAGCUCAAGACUGGGGAGCGCUGCCUCUACAUGUGGCCCUCUGUCCCAGAUGAGAAAGGAGAGCUGCUGAACCCCACGGGCAGCGUGCGCAGCAAUCCCAACACAGAGAGUGCUGCCACCCUGGUCAUCUGCCUGCCCGAGGUGGCCCCCCACCCUGUGUACUACCCUGCCCUGGAGAAGAUCCUGGAGCUGGGGCGUCACGGGGAGCGUGGGCGUGCCACUGAGGAGGAGCAGCUGCAGCUGCGGGAAAUCCUGGAGCGGCGGGGGUCGGGGGAGCUAUACGAGCACGAGAAGGACCUGGUGUGGAAGAUGCGCCAUGAAGUGCAGGAGCGCUUCCCGGAGGCGCUGGCCCGCCUGCUGCUCGUCACCAAGUGGAACAAGCACGAGGAUGUGGCCCAGAUGCUCUACCUGCUGUGCUCCUGGCCUGAGCUGCCCGUCCUGAGUGCCCUGGAGCUGCUGGACUUCAGCUUCCCCGACUGCCACGUGGGCUCCUUCGCCAUCAAGUCCCUGCGGAAACUGACGGACGACGAGCUUUUCCAGUACCUGCUGCAGCUGGUGCAGGUCCUCAAGUAUGAGUCCUACCUGGACUGCGAGCUGACCAAAUUCUUGCUGGACCGGGCCCUGGCCAACCGCAAGAUCGGCCACUUCCUCUUCUGGCAUCUCCGCUCUGAGAUGCACGUGCCGUCAGUGGCCUUGCGCUUUGGCCUCAUCAUGGAGGCCUACUGUAGGGGCAGCACCCACCACAUGAAGGUGCUGAUGAAGCAGGGGGAAGCACUCAGUAAGCUGAAGGCACUGAAUGACUUUGUGAAGGUGAGCUCUCAGAAGACCACCAAGCCCCAAACCAAGGAGCUCAUGCACUUGUGCAUGCGCCAGGAGACCUACCUGGAGGCCCUCUCACACCUGCAGUCCCCACUGGACCCCAGCACACUUCUGGCCGAAGUCUGUGUGGAGCAGUGCACCUUUAUGGACUCCAAGAUGAAACCUUUGUGGAUCAUGUACAGCAGCGAGGAGGCGGGCAGCGCUGGCAGCGUGGGCAUCAUCUUUAAGAAUGGGGAUGACCUCCGCCAGGACAUGCUGACUCUGCAGAUGAUCCAGCUCAUGGACGUCCUGUGGAAGCAGGAGGGCCUGGACCUAAGGAUGACCCCCUACGGCUGCCUUCCCACUGGUGACCGCACGGGGCUCAUCGAGGUGGUGCUGCACUCGGACACCAUUGCCAACAUCCAGCUGAACAAGAGCAACAUGGCCGCCACGGCCGCCUUCAACAAGGACGCCCUGCUCAACUGGCUCAAGUCCAAGAACCCUGGAGAGGCCCUAGAUCGAGCCAUUGAGGAGUUCACUCUCUCCUGUGCCGGCUACUGUGUGGCCACCUACGUGUUGGGCAUCGGCGAUCGGCACAGUGACAACAUCAUGAUCCGUGAGAGUGGGCAGCUCUUCCACAUUGACUUUGGCCACUUUCUGGGGAAUUUCAAGACCAAGUUUGGAAUCAACCGUGAGCGAGUCCCGUUCAUCCUCACCUACGACUUUGUCCACGUGAUUCAGCAGGGCAAGACUAGUAACAGUGAGAAGUUUGAAAGGUUCCGGGGCUACUGUGAGCGGGCCUAUACCAUCCUGCGGCGCCACGGGCUCCUCUUCCUCCACCUCUUUGCUCUGAUGCGGGCAGCAGGCCUGCCUGAGCUCAGCUGCUCCAAAGACAUCCAGUAUUUGAAGGACUCUCUGGCGCUGGGCAAGACGGAGGAGGAAGCGCUCAAGCACUUCCGGGUGAAGUUCAACGAAGCUCUGAGGGAGAGCUGGAAGACCAAAGUGAACUGGCUGGCACACAACGUGUCCAAGGACAACCGGCAAUAGCAGCCACCUCCCAGGUGCCACACGCCGGCACACCGUCCUAGAAGGGGACACACCUGAACUGCACCUCACGGGGAAGAGCCACACAAUUGCCUUUUGUUUACACUGGUUAUUUAUUUAUGACUCGAAAUGUUUAAGGAACCAAACAGCCAUAAGUGGACAUGCAUCCUUGUGCUGAGGAGGGACACUGUCCCGGGUCCCUAGUCAGAGCACUGUGAGCUGGGCACCUUGAGGUUGUACCUUGCUCUCGUCCGAGGACUGGCACCCCAAGUCUUCCAGCGGGUGGAUCUUCCCAGCAAAGACUGACCUCCUCUUGGGGGAGCCUUCUUCCCAGGCUCCCCGCCUUGGCCUCUUGUCCAGACAGGACACCUCAAUCCCCAGCUAUCCUUCGGCCACCUGUGUGGCCCACCCUGCGUGUCCUCCAUUGACCAAGUCCCAGGCAGCUCCCAAAGAAGCCAGGGUACACUCUAGACUCAGGGAUGCUUGCUCUUCACUGCUGAAGUGACCCUCGGGUACAGGAUGCCCCACCUUUUUUCUCUGCGGGUAAGAAAAUCAUAGCCAAACUGUUUACUGAACCUCCACGGCUGGGGAGGAGCCUGCCUUGCCCCAAGUCCAGGACAAAAACGUGAGCUUGGCAGAGCUCAUCCUGGUCAGGGUGAAAGGUCAGAGCGGAGUCGUGCAGUGAUGGUGAACAGGCUGCCUGCUUGGGCAGGUUGAUGUCCCCCAGGGCUCGCCUUUGAGAACCUGCUGGGAGCCAUCGCUGGCUGGGCAGGGUGGGGUCUUUCUCUCUGAGGGCACUUCGUUUGAAAUGGUCCAGGUUUAGGCUUCCCAAGGGCUGGACAAGUGCAGCUGUCCCUACUGCAGGUUCCUGGGCCUGCCCCAGCUUUCUGAAGCCCAAUCUGGUGAGGCAGCCAGGGCUAAGGCUUUUAGUUUGGGUUUUUUGUUGUUGUUGUUGUUUUUUGUUUUUGGUACUGGGGAUGGAACUCUGGGGCACUCUGUCACUGAGCUACAUCCACACCCUAUUUUGUAGUUUAUUUAGAGACAGGGUCUCACUGAGUUGCUCAGCGCCUUACCAUUGCUGAGGCUGGCUUUGAACUCAUGAUCCUCCUGUCUCAGCCUCCCGAGCCACUGGAUUACAGGCGUGCACCACCACACCAGACUAGGACUUGGGCUUUUAGAAACCCACAGUGGGCUGGGGACGGAGCCCGAUGGUAGAGCAUGUGCUUAGCAUGCAUGAGACCCUGGGUUUAAUCCUCAGCACUGCAAACAAAAACCUUUUUUUAAGAUAAAAAAGCCCUGGUAAUGCUGAUGCAUGAGCAGCCCACUCAGGACCUGCUGGGCUCACUGCUGAUCUCUCAGAAGCCUCCCAAGACUCAGCAGAGCCAGCAGCGGCUGCCCCUCAGCAGCCCAGGUGCACAGCCUAAAAGGGAUUCCAGGUGCCAGCUCUCCCCAUUUUGAAUAGCUGUUGUGCCACCAGAGUACCUGCCUCAUCUGCAGUAGGUAGCGGGUCACACUUUUGUUCCCAACUAAAUGCUGAAAUUAAUCAGGCCACCGCCUUCUUUGCAAUAGGAAAAACCGCGCGUACGUCCGUGUGUUGUGUUAUUUAUUGAAUCGAGUCUGGGUGCUCCGUGGAGUGGGCUGCAGGCCUUGCACACCCUCAGCAGUUUCUGGGUGUAUGGUCUGUGUGCCUGGUGAGAAUAUUUUCUAUUUUUUUAAGUCAUUUCAUGUUUCUGUAUGGGAAAGGCAAGUUCAAUAUCACUGUUGUGGGCUGAGUCUGUGUAACUGUUUGUCAUGAGAUAAAGGCAAGUUGAAAGAAA